AUGUGCUUGACAGCAGCUCUAGUUACAGUGUGCGGUUCCCGUGGGAGGAUCAGUGAAAUCAGGAUUCAGCUGGACUAUCUUCACAAUAAGGUGAGGCUUCCCCUUUCCAGAAAGCUGUGUUACGCAGUAGGGGGAGUACCGUAUCAGAUGACCAACAUUGUUAUUGGUUUUUCUCUAAAGAUCUAGAUGUUAGAUGUGGUGCAGAUGGAGGCUUUUUCAGUAUCUCUGAUUCUGUUCAUCAGUCAUGCCUGGGAUGCCGUGACUGAUCCAGUUGUUGGGUAUCUAGUGAGCAGGAGUGCAGGCAGGCUCCUUCCAUGGGCUAUGCUGUCAAUGCCAUUGGCCAUUCUCUCUUACAUCUUCUUUUGGUUCAUACCCCACAAUGCCGGGAUCAGUGUGCCCUGGUACCUAACCAUCAGCUGUUUUUUCAAGACCUUCAUGAGUUGCUACAGUGUUCCAUAACUGUACACAGACCAACAAGACAGAGACUCUGCCACAGCUUACAGGAUGAGUGUGGAGGCGUUUGCUAUGCUGAUGGUGGCUGUGAUUCAGGGUCAGGUGCUGUGGGUGUAUAACAAAGACAGAGAUCAAGCCUGUCUGAGCGUGGACCAAACACUGGAUCUCCCACACAGCACUGCACUGCAUGAAACUUCUUUGUUCUUUAUGAUAUCAGCACUGGUCAUGAGCGCUCUCUUCUUUGUUUGCAGUAUGGUGCUGUUCCUGGGGGUCAAAGAACAAAGAGGGCCUCUCGGUGGUAAGAGUCACAUGCACACUACAUACCUGAAUGCUGUGAAGAAGCUGAUUGGCCAUGUGUCACACCUGCGUCUGGUCCUCGGCUUCCUCUUCUCCACUUUAGCUUUCCAGCUAGGGGAUUAAUACAACAUGUCUUUGGGAAACUUCACACUGUUUUGCACUCACAUUGCUGGCUUGGGAGCUCAGUUCCAGUAUCUCAUGUUAGCCAUACUGGUGUCCGCUACCAUAACGGUGCCAGUGUGGCAGAUGACGCUGGUGAGGCUGGGCAAGAAAACUGCACUUUUUUUUAGGUCUCUCCUCAUUCCAGCUCUGGUGGUCCUAGUUGCCAUGCCACUGACGCCAGAGAACCUUCCCGUGUACAUGGUUCUGUGUGUUUUGGCUAGAUCUAGUUUAGCGGCACUGUUCUUGUGGUCAAUGCUGCCAGAUGUAGUGGAUGAGUUCACUAUUCAGAACCUGUCCUGCAAAAGCCUGGAGCCCCUGUUUUUUUCCUGCUCAAGGUUUUGCAACAAGCUUGGAGGAGGUCUGUCUGCUGGCAUCUCCACUAUGACACUACACUUCACAGGAUAUAAAGCAGGUGCAUGUAGUCAUGCAGAUGGAGUUGUCUUGGCCCUAAAAUUGCUUUUGGCCCCCAUUCCAAUCGCCUUUUUGCUGGUUGGCUUAGUAUUUUUCUAUUUGUACCCAAUUAAUGAAGUACGACGUAAGCAGAUUCAACAAGAUCUCGGAAACACAAGGUCUAACCGUGCCACACUUGCAAGAUUAGAAGAGGAAAGUGUUCCCAUAACUCAAAAAAUCUAUGAUUCCCGUCAUCCUCAAAUCAGGAUGUCAAGUUCCAAUCCUGACAAGAAUCUGCACGGUGCUUAA